CUUCAUCCAGAAGCGUCCGAGUUCCUCCUCCAUCAGACGUUCAGCCCGUUCGGUCCAAUCCAGUCCGUGCGGGUCUGCAGAGACAGGGUGACUUGGCGCUCCCUGCGGUAUGGUUAUGUUAACUUUGUUAACGUCGCCGAUGGUAAGUGAACUCUCCAUUCUUCACCUUAACGUCUUGGUAAAAAAAAACAUUUUGAAUUUGUAAUUUACGGUCUGGUGCAUUUUUCUCUCUGAUGGUUUUUUCCUGUAAAUCAUCUUCAAACGAAGCUAUAUGAAGUGUGUCAUGUGAAUAAACUUGCCUUGUCUUGGCUCUUAUAAACUCUGUCUUUCAGCUGAGAGUGCCACGGACACCCUAAUGUGUCAGGAUCUUCUGGGCAGACCCAUGCGAAUCAUGUUCUCCCAGCGUGAUUCCACUCUGAGGACGACUGGGGUGGGGAACAUCUACAUCAAGGGUCUGGCCAGCAGCAUCGAUGGUGCCCGCCUUCAUGACACCUUCUCGCGUUUUGGGAAGAUCCUGUCGUGCAAGGUGGUCUGUGAUGCAAAUGGAUCCAAAGGUUAUGGAUUCGUCCACUUUGCCACCUUCGAAGCGGCAGAGGAGGCCAUCAAAGCGCUUGAUGGCAUGCUGUUGGACGACCAGCUAGUGUCCAUUUGCCACUUUAAAACCUUUGAGGAGCGUCAGGUUGAGCCAAAGGUUAUGGCUCAGGACAGCGGGAGGCACUACCCGGGGGUGAGUCUGUACGUGUCUAAUCUGCCCUAUAGCUUCAGUGAGCAGCAGCUGUCCAGAGCGUUCUCACCCUUCGGAAGCAUCAUCAGUGCCAAGCUGAUGAUGGAGGCAGGACGCAGCAGAGGGUUUGGAUUUGUCAGCUUCUCCACCCUCGAAGAUGCGACUACUGCUGCGUCGGUCAUGACCGGGCGCAUGGUUGCCGGCAGGGCGUUGCGGGUCACUCUGUCUCGUCACAAUGAGCAGAAGACCCAGGCUGAGAAGCAGGACAGCAGCAGUGAAUCACUUCAUGAAGAG